AAUUUGUGUCUGUGUGUGGAGUUUCAGAACUGAGCUGUAAUGGCCGCUAACUGAGUAUCUCAGUACAGAAGCAGUUUUAAACUUUCUGAAUUAAGAAGCCUUUUCCUCUGUAGCUUUAAAGUCAGAAACCGGGUUGCAGAAUAUUCAUAUUAUACUGUUUUUUUUGUUUUUUUGGAUCACCCAGUGAGAUAAUGUGAGACAAGUUAUAACUACUGAAGACUGAAAGUUUUGUUGAACAAGGAACUUGAGCGCUGUGUAGUUUUGAACAUCUGCACUAAAGAAUCCUUUCCCAGCUGGACACUGCUGCAGACAACUAUAGCGUAUACAACUGGCUGCCGGCUGCCUGCCAGAGUGGGAUGAUUUGACUCGAGUCUCCGGAAAUGAUGAAAAUAAGGAUUGAAAAAGUGAGAGAAGAGUGAAAAAAAAGUUUCUUCUGUGCGAGAGCUGCCUGGUGGUUUUGAUUUGGCUACAUUUAUAUUUCUCGCUGAGCGACCUGGCAGAUGUCCCAAGUGACAGAACCUCUUAUGCCUGGGCCUGAGGGGCCCGCGCAGGAAGCAGAAGCUGAAGAGAGCCUCUUAAUUUCCCUUCCACUUGAAAAAUGUGAAAAAGAAAGUAUGGAUGUAGAAGACUCCGUGCCAUCUUAUACAAAUAAAAGUGUACAAACAGAUUUGGAAAGCAGAAUGAUUUUAGGAGAUUGUAGUAAUGACGCUCCCAUUAAAACCCAACCUCAGCGCUUGCCUCAGCCAAAUACUUCAGUACUGGAACAGAGCGAGGAAGAAACUGGCAAGAUACAAAAUGGUCAUGUAGGUCUGAGUAAUAUAAAUGGAAUCCACAAUGGGGUCAAACAUGUUGCUGCAGAUCACAGAAAGUUGUCCGCUCCUGUUUCUCAAAAAAUGCACAGGAAAAUCCAGUCCAGUUUGUCUGUUAGCAGUGAUGGUAGCAAAAAAAGCAAAAUGAGUUCAACAUAUUCUCAAAAGCCAGGCUCUUCGCCAGAAGAUUGUUGUGUUCAUUGUAUCUUAGCUUGUUUGUUCUGUGAGUUCCUCACGCUCUGUAACAUAGUACUGGGACAAGCAUCUUGUGGUAUCUGCAGUUCUGAGGCUUGCUGCUGUUGCUGCGGAGAGGAGAUGGCAGAUGACUGUAAUUGUCCUUGUGAUAUGGACUGUGGGAUAAUGGACGCAUGUUGUGAAUCUUCAGACUGCUUGGAAAUCUGCAUGGAAUGCUGUGGAAUAUGUUUCCCUUCAUGAAAUAUACAGAACAUUCCUUUCUUUUGCAACUGGAGUAUUUCAAAUUUCUACGGAGGAAAAUAAAAAAGACUUGGUCAGAUAUGUAAAACACAUCCUGUUUACCCUGCUACCUAUUUUUGUAUUUUCUAUUCUCCCUAGAGCUUCAUCAUCGUUAACUAGACACAAACCUGGAAGAAUUCUAAAAUCCAUCAAACUGUAAUUACAAGCUGCAAGCAAUAAUUUUGUGUUAAAGUAUACACAUGCUUAUAUUUAAAAAUAGAUUAAUCUUCUGAUAACAACUAGGAUAUAAAUAAUACUGCAAAAUGUUGUUUAAUGGUAUAACAUGAUAUACUUAUGAAAGCAGCCUUGUGAACAAAUAGUAUGAUACAAUUUUAUCAAGUAAAAUAAAUUGUGUAGUAAUAUUUUCUAUAUACAGAAUGGACUUUUGUUCCAUUAAA